UGUUCCUUGUCAAUGGCACUUUUUAAAUUGGAUUUUUUAUUAAUAACUCCACUUCUCCGUAAAAAAGGCAGUCUUUAGAUUAUCUGGCAAGGCUCGUGAGUUGCUUUCUCUGUUUGGUUCUUCUUCCCUUAAAGCUUACGACCCUGGAAGCAGCCUUUUAUUUGUCGGUCAACGAGGUCUAUUGCGUUUUGGAGCAUUCGAAAAGAUUGUGGUAAUCCUACGCCGUGUCGAAAAGGUUUUUUACAGUUUUUUCUUUAGAAAUCUCUUGUUUUUCUUAAAAUAUUUAUUUUUUAUUGUGGUGAAUCUUUUAGGUGAAAUUCCAAUGUCUUUUUAUUCGGGUAAAAACAAGGAUGAUGCUCCUCGUGUUUGCGUCAACGGUCGGAUUGUGAUUGAUCGAGAUCUUAAUGACGCUGGUAGAGGGUUGAAUUUAGUCGUAUUGGAUGUGAAAACGCGGGAGGUUAUUCGGGUUGGACACUUUGACACAUACGAACAAGAGGAUAAUCAACUGAUUUCUUUUUUGGAACACUUGAAGGAUGGAGAAAUCCUCGCUGUUGUUAGCUUUGAUGAAGCAGCAUCGAGACUUUCCGACAUUGCUAAGAAGAUAUUUUAUGAAUUGGGUUCAAGCCUAAUCCAUGAUAUAAAGUUUCGAUCUUCAUGGUACUUUGUGGGGCAGAAAGGCAUUGAUAGUUUUACUCCGUUCGAGGACAUGUUUGCACCAUCAAGUAAUGAAUGGGCGAAACCGAUUGAUCUUGCAGUCUGUGUUCCUCUAAACUUGAAUAGUUACAAGAGGAAAAGCGAUGACCGUUCUUCAAUGCGAACAAAUAGUGCAAGGCGUCAUUUCUGCGAUAAUAUAUCUAAAUGUCACUUUAUUAUAACUGCUUUGUUUUUCUCCUCCAUACUUAAUUUUGCAGGUCUUAGUGGUAACAGCAUUCGCCUUUGCCUGGAAAGUUUGAUGGAAUUGGAAGGGCUUGAUACAAGAAACGUUGCAGUUGGCUUUGAUCCUGCUUAUCCUGAACUUGGUGAACUUGCUGCCUUAUUUGAUUUUCGACCUCUUCCUGUAUUUAACACCACCUCGUACAACGAUUUUGUGCUUUCGUCGCUUUCUCAAAUGUUGGACUCGUAUGUUUCCUCCCCAUGUAUAAUUGUUAUCGAGGAAGACGUCGUAGUUUCUCCUGAUUUUCUUGAUUUUAUUGGCCAGUUACUAGACGGUUUUUUGAGCGACAGUACUGCAAAUAUAAUUCAACUUUUCAACAAAAACGGUAUAAUAUUUAAAAUUUUCUACAAUGAAACAAUUUUUGAGAAAUGCUGUGAAUACGUAGACAAAUGGUUGGUAUCAGGAAUUUCAUAUGUGCCAGAUGUGUCUCGGAUUUCGAUGCUGGAGUCAGCAAUCGGACUUAACAAUGUUAACGAAAAUAGAGAACGACAAAGCAUAAAGAAGUGGGAAAAUUCGGAUAUGGAGUUUCUUGACUGUAUACUGUAUUUAUUUUACGUUUUGAAUCAAAAUUUUUUUCAAAGAUAUGUACCGAGUGGUAGAAAACUUUAUAAAUCCUCUUUAAAUUAA